AUGGAUAGUGACCUGAAGGAAUCAAAUGAGCUUGUUCAGAGACUUGCCGUGCCUGAGAGUACAAAGAACUUUGUUUUCGCAAUCAAAGUCCCUGAGCAUGAUUCCACCAUUUACUUACUCUCUGUUCACAACUUAUCUCAAAGAUCUGCUACCGACGCCGAGUGUCUCAUACAUGAACUCCGUCCUGAUGCUGUUGUGACUCAGGUGAACCCUUCAGCUUUUGGAGCAGCUGACGACGAGAUUGUGUUAGAAGACGGAGCUACUGGUUCGAUCCCAACGUCAGUUUUUGAAGUUGUCACACGUUGUGUUUUCGACAAAAAAAUUAGCAAAAAAAAGUACAAACGCGUUGCAGGGAACUUGGUUAUGGAGGAGAUUUUUGGGACAGGGGAAUCCAUUGAUACAGAGGCUCUUACUGAAGCUUACAUAUUCCGGGAUGCAGUUGAAAGUCUUAGAACUGCUUCGAACAAUGCUGGUCGGAUACCUAUCAAGAACCUAGGAACUGAUGAAGUUCAGUUUUCAAAGCUCUCUUUUACGGACAAAUCUUAUGCACUUAUGGCAGAUGAGCUUCGUAGUCAGGCUAAAAAGUUUAAGACUAUAGUAGGGGUAGUAGAUGCAGACAACCUCGCAGGUCUUAGGAGGCACUGGAGAACUUGUGUUCCUCAAGAAGUCAAACAUAUGUCCACUGAGCAUACGGUGCAAGGUUUUGAUAGUAAUGAUGAUUCAGGUUCUUUAACACUAUCCAAGGCCAUUUUUGCUUCUCCUGUGUUCAAGAUUUCAACUAUUAAAGCCCCAUUGAACCCUUUCUUGACUCACAAGGCAAUGCCAUUUGCAUAUACCAAAGUGGCGUACCCGUCAACAGUAAUGGGCUUAAUGACUCCGUGUUUUGCUAGUUACGGAGCCCAACCAAUGUAUUGGGAGAAGCAUCUUUUAUCUCCCAGGAAAAUCAUCAGAGCAUUAACAAAGUUUGGUUUAUCUUCUGCUCAACGUACUAGCUUCUCUACCAUGAGAGGUGCAUUCUAUACGAUGAUGAUACGGAAUCGACUAGCAAAACCUAUCGGUACCGUACCAAGGGUGGUCUUUGGAGCCAGUCUUGUAAUUUGGUGGGGAUCGCACGUCUAUGGAAAAGGGAUUGAACAUGCGGCUGUGACUCUCCCUUCAGCUCCUUCGAUUGCAAAACUUGGUCGAGGGAUUCAAAAUUUACGUGAGGCUUCUAUGGAAGUGACAAGGAGAGGAAACAACAGGGUACAGAACACAAGAGAGGGUCUUCUUACUCAAAGGCUGAGUAAAAACUGGACGCUUAAUAUAAAUUUCAAAACCAGUUUUGGUUCGUAA